AUGUUGGGGACCUUCCUGGCGUCGACGCCGCUGCUGAAGGAGGCGUGGAGGCUGUGCAGCACUGCAAACGCAAUGGGAUGUGGUGCCUUCAUGGCUGAGCAAGUCGGGGGCGUGGGGUACGUGGCAUUCUCUGGCAUCCAAGAGCUGCCGGCGCUUGGUUGGGAUCCGAACGGCACCAUGCUGGCUCCGCUGUAUGCGGCAGGCGACAAGCUGUUUGCGCCGUUGGAAUGCCGUUACGAUGGCGAGGAGCCGGUCAUGGUCCACUCCGGAGUGCUCGGCUUGUUCCUUCAUUAUCAUUCGCGCCCUGAUUUCCAGAGCCAGAUUAAUAGCUUGUUGGAUAAAACCAAGUCAAUAGUGAUCACAGGCCACUCUAUAGGAGGAUCAAUUGCCUUCUUCACAGCUCUUUGGCUCCUCUCCAAGCUCAAAGCCAAUUCCCCACCCGUCUCAGUCUUAUGCCUUGGUUUUGGCUCUCCCUUCCUCGGCAAUGAGUCACUUUCUCGAGCCAUCCUCCAUGAGAGAUGGGGCAGUAGCUUCUGCAACAUCGUGUUGACGCACGAUAUAAUGCCGAGGUUAUCUCUCAACCAAUCACUUGUUCCGACUUCCCAGUGGCAGGCCCUCAUAAGAUUCUGGUACACAUCUAUGAUGUCACCAAACUCUAUGAAUCUCACUAACCUCCAAUUAACUGAAGAAGACAAGGCUUGGUUAUUUUCCUUCACUACUGCCAACAUGGAGUGCCUAGUGCAGGUAUCCAUUGCGCCAAUGGCAAAAGAUUGCUUGACUAUGGCAAUGGGGCGCGCACCAAACCUAAAUGCCGCUAAUUUAGCCAUUAGGCUAUCCAAAAUCACUCCUUACAAGGCAGAGAUUGAGUGGUAUAAAGCUUGUUGCGAUAAGUCUGACGAGCAAAGAGGAUACUAUGAUUCUUUCAAACAAAGGGGGGCCUCAAAGAGAGAGUUCAAGAUAAACAUGAACCGGUUCAAGCUUGCAGCCUUUUGGGACGAUGUCAUAGACAAGUUGGAUGGGAAAGAGCUCCCACAUGAUUUGCACAGAGGGUCAAAAUGGGUAAAUGCGCGUCGCACUCCUACAUGCUUCUUGUGGAGCCAUUGGACAUUGCGGAGUAUUAUCGGUCAGGAUGCACCUUAA